UCGUCUGCUUCCGGUGCAGAAUCGUGCCAUGUUUUGCUUCUGUUUUUACCUCAGUUUAGUUUCAGAUUCGGUCUAGACCACUUUACCUCAAUUAUUUCCUGCCGUCAUGUCCCGGGGGUCGAGUGCGGGGUUUGACCGGCACAUCACCAUCUUCUCCCCGGAGGGAAGGCUCUACCAAGUCGAGUAUGCCUUUAAAGCGAUAAACCAGGGCGGACUGACCUCUGUGGCCGUCAGAGGGAAGGACUGUGCUGUAGUCGUGACGCAGAAGAAAGUUCCUGACAAGCUCCUGGACGCUGCGACAGUCACACACCUGUUCAAAAUCACAGAGAACAUAGGAUGUGUUAUGACCGGCAUGACUGCUGAUGGCAGGUCUCAGGUGCAGCGUGCACGGUACGAGGCGGCUAACUGGAUGUACAAGUAUGGCUACGAGGUGCCCGUGGACAUGCUGUGCAAACGCAUGGCUGACAUCUCCCAGGUUUACACCCAGAACGCAGAGAUGAGACCGCUAGGCUGCUGUAUGAUAGUGAUCGGGAUUGAUGAGGAAUUGGGCCCACAGCUGUUCAAGUGCGAUCCAGCCGGCUACUACUGCGGCUUCAAGGCCACGGCAGCCGGAGUGAAACAGACAGAGGCCACUAGUUUCCUGGAGAAGAAAGUGAAGAAGAAGCUGGACUGGACUUAUGAGCAGACUAUAGAGACGGCUAUCUCAUGCCUGUCUACUGUUCUGUCCAUCGACUUCAAGCCCUCGGAGCUAGAGAUCGGAGUCAUCACGGCACAAGAGCCCAAAUUCAAGAUUCUGUCAGAGGCCGAGAUCGAUGCUCACCUGAUGACUUUGUCUGAGCGGGAGUGAAGCGGUUUUAUAAGAAGGGAUGAUAAACAGUAAAAAGCAUCAACACACAAUAUUUCUCAGCUGGAAGGAAGAUGAAGGAGGAGCUGGUAUCAUCUUCUUCAAAAAGAGAUGAACAGUAACAGAUAACCCCACCCCCACCCCUCCAUGCUAUCUGGUCACAAACAGGACAUGAUAUUAUCCAUGUACCCAAACCCCUGCCCCCUCCUGUGUUUUCCUUCUGCAGCCAGCUGCUAAAUGUCUCAGAUCGUGGACGGGACAUUCAGAUCAGUCCCUGACGUGACACAUAAAGUGUGACGUGGCAGCUGAUGUGACAGACGGCCGCAGCGCAGCAGCUCAGCCUGAAUGACUUCACCUAAUGAGUGUGACAUGAGCAGAUUGGAAGGUGGAGGUGUGGUAACACUACAACUUACAGCACAAUACCUCUUAAAUGUGGACUCAGUGGUCCUGUAGCUUCACUGUGCUCGGCAGUGCUUCCUGACCAUCUUUUCUCAGGGCUACCACUUACAUAUGUGUCUCUCUUCUUCAGUGUUUAAGCUUUCCCCUCUGCACUGUCUUCAGUUUCAGGAUGAAAUUCAUGCUCUGUACUCGAUGAUAACCCAGGGAACAGCUGUGGGAAUUCUCCUACAGCAGCGGGUCAUUGUCACACCCCUGUUUAAAUCUGCUCAGGUCACUAGAAAGCUGGUGUUUUGAUCUACCUGCCCUUCUGCUGCAGCUGCUGUACAUUUCCACACUUCUAUUAAACACACUUUUUAUUUAACACAGGUGUUUGAUUCUCUGCGCACAUUCAUUCCUGUCUGACGGCUCUUAGCUCUCUCGAAAUUACUCGACAGAGUGUACAAGUGAGAAUGCAAAUGUCUGAACAGUCAGCUUCCACAGUAAACGAUCUUUACUAUGCCUGCUUCCUGAUACAAAGCGAGUAUCAUGUACCCAUACCCACAGUUUGUUUACACCCAGUGAGAACUGCACCUAAUGCAAACGAUUAUUGUGCUGCAUUCUGCUUUGCAUUAAUUUGAUCGUUUCGCCUAACAACACAUCUUCUUUGAAAAUGUAUUGAAUCCACUAUUUUCUGAUGUCUGGGAGAAAUUAUUUUAGAUAAUCACGAUCUCUGUGUUUAACAAGAUAAUUGGGAUUGGGAUUUUUGCCCCAAUUGAGCCGACUUUUGCUGUUUAUUUCCAGUACUGGAAACGCUCCUGCCGCGGUCAAUCGCUUUGCACAUAUCGCGACCUAUGUGCCCACUCAGCAGCGCCAUUAGACCGAGUACUCUCACGCUUACAAUGCCCACUGCUGUCUGUGUGUUAAGUCUCAUGAUCAGCCUUUUGUGGGUACAAAGUAAACAAGCACUGAGGCACCGUUUACUCUGGUUAGGCUGAAAAUGGAGCAAAGUUCAGGCAAAAGAACAUGUGAGAUGAUCCAUUGUCGUUAAUGGUCUGGAUACUUGCUUUUAAAAAGUGCAAAGCCUAAGCUUGAUGUCCACACUGAAACCUUUCUUUCUCUUUACUUUUCUGAAGCGUUCAAGCAUCUGUAAGGUGUAGUACGCAACGUGAAAAACACAAUAUUAUACUUUGUGCUCCAUGCCAAUUAUUUAAAAGCUAUGGUUAGUGUUUUAAACAUAAAUCUGCUGAUAUUUUAUGCCGUAUGAUUACAGAUGAGGCCACCCAGCAGAAUACCAGUCCAUAAAAUCAACAUUACUACUUUUA